AUGAAUAUUAAUAUAUAUGAUGAAGCUAGUUUAAGCUUAUUAUCAACAUCAAACUUUCAUGAAAAGCAUACAAUAUCUUCAUUGAAUAAGCAAAAAUGUCUCAAAUAAAAAUACUUUUCAGAAUCUGAAUUAAUUAGUUAAAAUGAAAUCAAAUCAAAUAGAGUUCGUCCAAAUAGUGAUAUGUAUCAAUCAGGAAUAAAUUUUUUAAAGCAUAAAUAAGAGAAAUAAGAUUAUUUGUUUCUAAAAUUAGAAGAGGAAUUCAAAAAGAAAUGUACUUUCCAACCUUAAUUAUCAUAAACAUCUCGUAUUCUAUCAGCUAGAUUAAAUAUUUCUUAAAUGAGUCGAUCUACAAAAAAUAUGAAUAAAGAAGGUACUUAUAAUGUUGAUUCAUAAACAAUGAAACUUGAAUAAGAAUUAAUUGAAUGUACUUUUUCACCGAAAAUUCUUAAAACGACUUAAGAUAUAUUUGACCGAAGAAAACCAAUGUAUGAAAGAAAUACAGAAUGGAAAGAUCAAGUAAUAGAGAAAAAUGCAUAAACUUAAUUAAGAAGAGAAUCUUAGAUAAAUUCUAAAGUAAUAACUACUACUUAGAGAGCAAAAUAGAUGGAUCUGAGAGCAUAACAUGCAUUAAAAAAGAAUUUUUCAAUGAAAUAUUUGAGAAAAUCUAUGAUGGGGUGAA